UGAACAAAAUUCAUCAACUGGAUAUGAAAAUACUGCAUGAUGUGGCUCACUCAAACAGUCUGACAUGCAGUCAGGGCUCCUUUUGUGCUAAUACUGACUCUAGAUCAACAUCUGCCAUGUCUAUCAGCACAAGUCUGGGCUCAUGGAGAAGUGGCACUCGUCCUCAAAGAGUCUUUGUGCCCCAUUCCCCAAUGGACCUGCAGAUUGGCCACAGGGUUAGAGUUUUGCUUCCUACAGGCCGAAUUAGCACUGGAACCCUGCGCUAUCUGGGCCAACCACAUGGCUCAUCUGACUUUUAUUUGGGUGUGGAGCUGGAGCUGGCUGAGAAUGCAAACCAAGCAGGCACCUGUGAGGGGCAGUGCUACUUUGACUGGUAA